AUGUACAAGUCCCCAACACCAGCAUCACUGCUGCCAACAGCUGGUGCAAACAACAACCGCCCAGGAGGAGUAGGAGGAUCAUCAAACAAUAGCAUCGUCGGAAGACUCAUCAGGUCAAGGGCAUCCAAGACCGUCUUUAUCGCCUACGUCGGCUUCUGUGCCAUCUUUACUCUAAAACAUCUCCUUACUUUCGAGGCAGUCCCUGAGGCUAUUGUCUACCCGCACUAUGAGCUCGAGCGUACAUAUGAUCCAGAGAAACCUUACUCGGUGGUGUCAGAGCUGUCGACGAGCGUGAUCCUGUCAAAGAUGUUUGCCUUCAGCACACCCGAUAUCACAGACAACAUCCAGCCCUUCUUUGUCCGCUCAGAGGGAUCCCCUCGUCCCGACGAGAUCUCUCUCGCCACCUUUGUCCCCCAGGACGACCUCUCUGAACUUAUCCGCCUCGUCGAACACUUUCCAGGCCCUAUUUCGGCAGUGCUGCAUAUUGACCACCCAUCAGACGAACCAGGAGCAUCGAACCCAAUUAGUCGACUUCAUACGAUGAGGGCCAGCAACCCCAAGAUCCGCAGCCAGGUCGACAUUCAUCUCAUCACCACCCCCCAGACUCACCGGCGACCCCUCACGACCACUGUCCAGCAACAAUCCAACCUCCACAGGAACUUGGCGCGAUUUUUCGCAAGGACAGAUUUCGUUCUUUUGCUGGAUGCCGAUGGCUCCCUCCCUGCGACGGAUAUCUCGAAGAGCUUCAGGGACUACCCUCAAUGGAUGGAGAAGCUGAGGACCGGAAACGUCUUUGUUGUGCCUGGAUUCAACGUCUCAAUGACUUCCGAGGGUGGCGCUCUUCCCAGCACACUUGAGGAUGAGGGGACAGCGGUGGAACUGGUUCCCGUGCUCAAGUACAACCAGUUGCCUCGAGAGAAACAGACAUUGUUGAGCCACGUCCACGAUGGCAAGGUCAUCCUCUCGGAAAAGACAUGGAAGAGGACCAUCCGCAACGUCGACUUCAACACCUGGGCAACCCAGACCCGCUUGAGCGCCAUCCAAAACUAUGACCCUUACUUUGGACCUUCAGUUGUGAUGCGUCGUGACAAGAUGCUCUGGUGCCCUGAGCGGUUCGGAAACAAUCAGGCGGCUUGCUUAUUUGAGCUGUACCUGAGCGGAGCUGACUUCUGGGUCCUCCCUAAUGACUUUACCAUCCACGGCGGCGAGCGCAAGGAGCUUGAGAUUACCGAGCGCGAGAGAACGAUUAACACGCGCUUAUACCAGAAAUUCCAUGAAGAGUCCUGUUUGAAGCACGCUCGUGCGUUCUAUGCUGCUGGUGAAUGGGAUUCUGACCGUGCCCGACACUGCCGCAUCAGCUGUCAAAAAGUGCUGGCUGUUUGGGGUCUGGUCAUUCGUCAGGCAUAA